AUGGACUACCUCAAUUCCUCUUCUCAAUUCGUCAAACCCGCCCCUGUAGACCCGGCGGCGCAGCAGCUUCUGCAUGAACUGCCACCUGCGCUCGCGUGCUUACUCGUGUCUACUACCAUUCUUUAUACAGCAAUUUACCUUCUCCUAAAGGGAAGUCAUGCCCUGCACGCAAUCUCGACUUUCCUCUCCGUCGGGUUGUUCGCUGCAAGCCCCUAUGUAGCGCCUCUCAACUGCAUCGCAGCUCGCUGCAUAUACAAUUUUGCCAUCGAGAUCGGCAUCAUGAAAGCCCUCGACCUGUUCGCCCGCCGCAACAACCUCCCCAAAUACAUCUACGAACCUACACCGCCUGCCCCAACCCUCGCGGCCCUCCUCCUCACCGAGCUCCGCUACGAGUCCUUCACGCCGAACCAAAUCCGGCACUCCGCCCACGAGCAGUCCUUCUCCGAGCACAACCAGUAUCUCAUCCACAUCUGCAUGUUCGCCGUCUUUCAAAUGCUGCCGCAGAUCCCGCCCGUCAUCGCCUUCGAGAUCCUGCUCGCCAUCUACAUCAUCUGGACGUCCAUGCAGCUGCUGCUCCGCUACAAAUCCUCGCCCGCGCUCUUCGGCCCGCUCUACCACGGCGACAGCCUCGCGGGACUGUGGACCGAGACGUGGCACAACGCCUUCGCGGCGCCGUGCAUGAGUCUCGCGUUCAGCCCCGUGCGGAACACGCUCUGCGCGCUCGGGGUCCCCAAGAAGAUGGCAAAAGGCGCGGGCAUGCUGGCUGUGUUUGUGCUCAUGGGCUUCUUCCAUGUCUAUGCGCUACUGCCGCUGCUCUCGGCGGAGGGCCUGCGUAGGAUCCUGAUCUUCUUCGCGGGGAAUGGCCUGCUGACGGUGCUGGAGUUCGCCGUCUGGGGCAAGCGGAAGCAUUGGCUUAAGGCGGCCAUGGCGUGGGGUGUGGAGACUGCGUUUGCGAGUUGGACGGUGCAGGGCAUGGAGUUUCCGGAUGGGCUGAGGAAUCUGAGGUGGAGUCAGGUUUGUGGAGGGGCUGGAUGGUAG